GACAGUAAGAAAAACCACCUAAAUUUGCAGUUCUGUGGGUUUCUUAGCUUUUCUCUCACAGCUGAGUAAAAGCUUCUGGGCUAAGCAAAAUCCUUUUCGAUUUCUCAAAUCUCGCACCCUCUUGUUAAAUAUCCUAACUUGAUCUCCAUCGUCUCUCUUGUUAAAUCUUUUUCUUUCUCUUGGCAUUACUGUUUGUUGAACUCCUUCAGCAGUGAAACAGAGAAAAAAGCUCGAUUCGUGAAGAAGACAGAGUCCUUGGCAAUCAUGUUCACAGAAGGUCUUGAUAAAAAUGCGCUUCGAUGGGUUAAGGAGAAGGAAGUCCCAUUCUCCAAUUCGAAUUUGAGAUCUCGGAUAGAUCCCAUUACCAACAUUCGCAGUGGCGGCGGCAGGGGAUUUGGAUUGCCUCCACCGGCAAAGUUCAGAAGUGGACAUUUGCCCUCAAAUGCCCUCCCAGUAUCUAGAACGAUACCGGGUGAUGUAGACGAAAGUGGGUCUCACUCUGACAAUGACAUGAGUACUGAUUCAGAGGAGGUUUAUGGGGGUAGAUAUUCCUUGGAUUCGUCACCACAAGACGAAAGGAUUCCCAGUGGUACUACUGCUCAUAGAUACGGGAACCCAGCGCAGAGGCCACCACAUUAUGCUAGUGAUUAUAUGUACUCUGAUGUUGGUUCGUCUAUGGAAACGGUGGCAGGCAGACAAGGGCACGUGGCGGAGAGGUUGGUGAGGGGAAAUGGGAGGCACCCGGUUGGGAAGUAUGGGUAUACAGAGGAUGAGUCAUCAGAUUCUGCUGCUAGCUCGGAGUUUUCCACUACGCAAGUGGGAAGCAUCAAUGGUGCAGUGCCUCACACUAGAGCUUACGUUUCGGAGGGAUAUACUUCAAGUGUGCCAUCACGGGUGAAUAUGGCAAGUGCCGCCAAAAAGAAUUUGCGUUCAAGAAACCUGCAGGAUGAGAAGUUCUCUGAUGAUGAUGACGAUGACAUUCCCAGUGCACCUCCUUUUUGUGGUUCCGCACAAGAAAUUAAGCAAGGUGCUGUGAGAAGUCCAGUAUCAACCAAAAAUAAUUGGAAUACAUUAGAAACCACACCUAGUGUUAAGGUGGAGAAUGACACUGGAAAUAGGAAUCCUGAACAUUUUGUGAGAACUACAACCAAUUCUGAAGCCGGUGCAUCUUCAGGUUCAUAUCCAGCUCGCCUCCCAACAUUUCAUGCAAGUGCUCUAGGGCCGUGGCAUGCUGUGAUUGCAUAUGAUGCAUGUGUGCGACUUUGUCUUCAUGCCUGGGCAAUGGAGUGCAUGGAAGCUCCAAUGUUCUUGGAAAGUGAAUGUGCUCUACUACGCGAUGCUUUUGGAUUACGCAAAGUGCUAUUGCAAUCAGAAGAUGAACUAUUGGUGAAGCACACUUCAGAGCUUGUCAGCGAGGCUGUUGCUCCAAAGCCGAAGAAAAUUAUUGGCAAGAUGAGGGUGCAAGUGCGUAAAGUGAAGAUGGCCUUGGACCCACCUACUGGAUGUAGUAUAUCAUCUUUUAGGCCACCAGCAAUUAGAUUGGAGUCCAUUCAAUAUCACUUCUCCAAUUUUCAGUCAAAACUCUGUUCUGGAUGGCAAGCUUUAAGAAAGAUUCGUGUUGUGCCACGACUUCCUGCAAAUGGUUCUUUUUCACAUCAGAGCUUGGCAUAUGUGCAAGCUGGCACACAGUAUAUUAAGCAGGUGUCCAGACUCCUCAAAAAUGGUGUAACAACUUUACGCAACAGUCCAUCGUCAUAUGAAGCUGUGCAAGAAACAUAUUCUUGUCUAAUAAGGCUAAAAAGUUUACCUGAAGAGGAUGCAAUCCGAAUGCAACCUGGAUCUGGUGAUACACAUUUAUUCUUUCCAGAUAGUAUAGGAGAUGAUCUGCUACUUGAAGUCCAGGAUUCCAAGGGGAAGCAGUUUGGUCGUGUCCUCGUUCAAUUGGCUACCAUUGCUGAUGACCCAGCUGACAGGCUACGCUGGUGGUCUAUUUACCGUGAGCCUGAACAUGAACUUGUUGGCAAGAUACAGCUGUAUAUAAACUACUCAACUAGUUCGGAUGAUAAUACUCAUCCAAAGUGUGGCUCUGUUGCAGAAACGGUUGCUUAUGAUCUAGUUUUAGAGGUUGCUAUGAAGGUUCAGCAUUUUCAACAAAGAAACCUAUUGUUGCAUGGUCCAUGGAAGUGGCUCUUAACAGAGUUUGCCUCAUACUAUGGAGUGUCUGAUGUGUACACCAAGUUGAGAUACCUCUCUUAUGUCAUGGACGUCGCCACGCCAACAGCUGACUGCCUCACCUUGGUUUAUGACUUGUUAAUGCCAGUUGUAAUGAAAGGCCAUAGCAAAAACACAUUGAGUCAUCAAGAGAAUCGAAUUCUAGGAGAAACUAAGGACCAAAUUGAACAGAUACUUGCUUUAGUUUUUGAGAACUACAAGUCGCUUGAUGAGUCCUUGCCCUCGGGUAUCAUGGAGAUUUUCAAGUCUGCAACUGGGCUUGCAGCACCUGCCCUGGAACCAGCUGUUAAAUUAUAUACGAUUCUUCACGACAUCUUGUCUCCUGAGGCACAGACUGCUUUAUGCCAUUAUUUUCAGGUUGCAGCAAAGAAGAGAUCAAGAAGGCACUUGACGGAGACAGAUGAAUAUGUUUCCAACAGUAGUGAAGGCAGUUUGAUGGACACUGUUACUAUGUCUACUGCAUACCAGAAGAUGAUAUCACUGUGCAUGAAUAUUAGGAAUGAAAUUUUUACUGAUAUUGAGAUCCAUAAUCAACAUAUACUUCCCAGUUUUGUAGACCUUCCAAAUCUGUCUUCAUCCAUCUACAGCACAGAGCUUUGCAACAGAUUGCGUGCUUUCCUCAUUGCUUGCCCCCCAACGGGCCCUUCACCUCCUGUGGCCGAACUUGUUAUUGCUACGGCAGAUUUUCAAAGGGACCUUGCGAGCUGGAACAUUAGCCCUAUCAAAGGUGGAGUGGAUGCGAAAGAAUUGUUCCACUUGUAUAUUAUGGUAUGGAUACAAGAUAAGCGUCUCUCUCUGCUCGAGUCAUGCAAAUUAGAUAAGGUGAAAUGGUCAGGAGUUCGAACACAGCAUUCUACUACUCCUUUUGUUGAUGACAUGUAUGACCGACUGAAAGAAACAUUAAGCGACUAUGAGAUCAUCAUUUGCCGAUGGCCAGAAUAUAUUUUUGGCUUGGAAAAUGCUAUUGCGGACGUUGAAAAGGCAAUAGUGGAAGCUUUAGACAAGCAAUAUGCAGAUGUCUUGUCACCAGUGAAGGAGCAUUUGGCACCCAAGAAAUUUGGCCUCAAGUAUGUCCAGAAGCUUGCCAAACGUUCUGUUUGCCCCUAUAUGGUUCCUGAUGAGCUGGGGAUUUUACUGAAUUCCAUGAAGAGGAUGAUUGAUAUCUUGCGUCCCAAGAUAGAAGCUCAGUUCAGGUCAUGGGGUUCUUGCAUCCCUAAUGGUGAAAACUCAGUUCCUGGAGAGCAUCUCAGUGAAGUAACAGUGAUGCUGAGAGCCAAGUUCAGAAAUUAUUUGCAAGCAGUUGUGGAGAAACUUGCAGAGAAUACAAAGUUACAGAAUGCUACAAAACUGAAAAAGAUUCUUCAAGAUUCAAAGGAGACUGUGGUGGAAUCUGAUGUGCGGGGUAGAAUGCAGCCUCUGAAAGAGCAGUUGACAGAUACAAUAAAUCACCUUCAUACCAUCUUUGAGACUCAUGUUUUCAUUGCACUCUGUCGAGGUUACUGGGACCGGCUGGGGCAGGAUGUUCUAAGUUUCUUGGAGAACAGGAAAGAGAAUAGGUCAUGGUAUAAAGGUUCACGGAUUGCAGUUACUAUUCUGGACGAUACCUUUGCCUCACAGAUACAGCAGCUGCUUGGAAAUACAGUUCAAGAGAAAGACCUGGACCCACCUAGAUCUAUCAUGGAAGUCCGUUCAAUUCUUUGCAAGGAUGCUCCCAAUCCCAAGGACAACACAUAUUACUAUUAAUCCCAUCAUCAUGCAUGUAAAUAAUGGUAAGGCAUGUCUUAUCACAAAGAACAGGGGGCUCAAAUAAUCGAGGAGAUGCAAGAUGUUGAGAUAUGAUCCCAUUGGCCUGCCGAAACAUGAUGGAGGGAUGAGUCAUUCUGGUCACGUAUAGUCCCAAAACGGCUGAGUUUGCUAAUUUUGUAAAGGGAGCAAGCAACUCGGCUGCUCCAGAACUGUUAGCCUGCUCUCUUUUUAGAGGGUUCCCUUUUUGCCUAUUCGUGUUUACAUAUUAAAUGCUCUCCUUUUUUUCCUUGAAAUAUAAUCUCCAUAUAUAGUAAUAGUGGCUUUGCCUUCAA